AAAGUAGUAGUCAUAGAGAUGGUAGUAAUCAUUCAAUUCGCAGAAUUAGUAAUGGCGACAGACACGCGUGCGAGAGCUAUACCUGUUGGAGGAAAACGUUGUGUUGCUGGUGGCCCGAACGGGGUGAGUUGUGGAAAUAGUCAGCAUACGAAGGGAAUAUCUAUCCAUCAUUUUCCACACAAAGUUAAAGAUCGUGAGCGACAUUUGCUAUGGGUACGCUUCGUUCGCCGGCACCGGCCUAACUGGAAUCCAUCAGACCAAUCUGUUUUGUGUGGGAUUCAUUUUGACGAUGCCAGUUACACAAUGAGACGAGAUAUCGCAUUGUCACUCAGAAUGAAAGUUUAUUUAAAACCAGAUGCUGUUCCUUUGAUUGAUGUCGCGAAUAUUAGGGAAGAACAAGUCAGUUUGCCUCUCCAAGCUCGUGAAAAAAGACAGAUUCUUCGGAACAUGAUUCGAGAGAAGCGACAGGACGACCAUGUUGUUGAAGGAGACGUUAUUUUACAAUCGCAUGGACCAAGGGACCACGAAAGUGCCGAAGAAUAAAAGCCAAGCGAAAGAAACACGGCAAAAGAUGGCGAGGUUGGGGAAAAAAAUUGUGAAAAAUGCGGUGUUCGUCAACAAAAAAUCCUUAAAUUACAAAAGAGAAUUCACAACCUGAAGAAAAGAAGGGAUGAAUUGAAAGCCAAUGCCCAACAGGAAGUAAGUUUUGAUUCAGAUAUUGUGUCAAAUGGGUUUCAGAAGGCCCAGGCAGAAGGGAUGGAGCUAGGGGGUGCUGCUUCCUAGACUUGCUCAAAAAGCUGAAUGACCUUCUGACCAAGUAAAUAUUGUGAUUCCUGGUCUAAAGUUAUUUUUUUAAAUUUAAGGUUGGGUUCAAUAACAUAAUUGCCACAAAGUCAUUAGUAUUCAACUUGAAAAAUUUCUCACUACUUUUGAGACAUAGCACUAUUAAGUUUUUAUUUAACUGUCAAAUUUUCUUAUAAACCAGAUUGAUAUAAACAGUGUUUAAUCAGCUGUAAUGUACUUUGACUUAUUAUGCAGAUUACUGAAUAUGACGACAAUGAUGAUUUUGAUGAUGAUGAUGAAGAAGGUGUAGCAAGAAAAAGAACAUUUUCAGAGAUGAGUGAUAUUUUACCUCGUGACGAGACUGAAUUUGAAGAAUCAGAUACGGACUGGUCAAGCCAUGAAAAAACUGAAUUUUCAUCAGACGAAGAGGUCCUUGAUACUGAUGCAAAAUUUGAUAAAAAAAACAGAGUUGAGUAAGUAAACAUUAUACGCUGUGUAAAAAUUACAUGUCCAAGCAAAAACAAAAAUUGGAAGCAAAACAAAGUGGGAAAAGGAAAUUAACUACUCUUGGUUUCUCUUAAUGGUUAGCCCAAAUUCAUAGGGGAGGUGGACAGGGAGGGGUAAGAUAUGUGAGCUGAAUUUUCAUAAUUCCUGGGGAAAAAUUGCUGAAAAGGGUAGAGAACAAAAAGAACUGUUCUUGAACAUUAUACUAUGUUCAUUGAAUGAAAAUUUUACUAAAAGCAACGUCAAAGUUCACAUUAUUCUAUUGAAUGAAAUGCUGACACUCCAUUCUCCUUUUCAGUUGUAGCCCUGAGACUAAGCCUACUGAUGAGCCCAAAUUUAUUGUCUUCUUUGGUAUGCUGAUGGCACUAUUCAGCCAGUUCUGUUUCCAUUGUAAAGCAGAUAAUCCCAAUGCUGAGAUACAUCAAACAGGAUCAAUGGCAACUGUUACCCAGUCUUGCAGGCAGGGUGGCAAGGAGUUUAGGUGGAAAGUCAGCCAUUGCUGUUUGGAAAAGUUCCUGCAGGGGAUCUUUGAGUUUUUAUGAUGAAUUUUGCCAUUAUGACAUCUGGUCUUUCCAUAAGUCAAGUUAUUCAAACACAUUAGAUUAUUAGAAAUAUCGGUGCAUACUUCUUUUCUUCAUCAAAGAAAGUUUUUAUUUCCCUCUGUACUGUUGGAAUGGGACAAACAAUGCAAAUUACUAAUCGAAAAAGUGAAGGAUCUGAAAGGUGUCCAAUGGUCAGGAGAUGGACGUUUUGAUUCGAUGGGGCACAAUGCCAAAUAUGGUGCUUAUACAAUGUUCUGCAACUCCAUCUCAAAAAUUGUCCAUUUUGAAGUAGUACAGGUGAUAUACAUUCUUUCUAUAAAUAAAUAAAUAGAAUAUACCUAUCAGGAAUAUACAGUGAUGAGAGAUACUUGGUAUAAGUACAGCUUUAAAGUCUUUGAAUAUAAAGUAACUUGGUUGCGAUAUUCCAUUUUCAGGCCAAUCAAGCUGGGAGUUCCAAUGCAAUGGAAUUAUUUGGUGCAAAGAGAUGCUUUGAAUUUCUGAAGAAUGCUGGAUUGAAGACCUUCUUUCAUCAGUGACAGACACAGAAGCAUAGCAAAAUGGAUCCGCGAAUCAGAGCCAGAGACAAAGCACUUCCAUGACUUCUGGCAUGUAUCUAAAAGUAUAACAAAGAGACUCCUAGCAGCAAGUCAAGAAAAGGGAAAUGAAAUUUUGAAAUCAUGGAUGAAAGGAAUUCGAAACCAUUUGUAUUGGUGUGCUGUUUCCACAAAACAAGGCUUUGGAGAACUGAUUAUUGCAAAAUGGAAGUCGAUAAUGCACCAUGUUGCAGAUCAACAUUCAGACCAUCCAGAUCCCUUAUUCCAAAAUUGUGCACAUGAAGAAAUUGAGCCUCGUGACUGGAUACCGAAAGACAUGCAUUGGCUGCCAUGCAUUUCAAUGAAAAUAUUCAGAGGGAAAGAAAAAGGACUACUGAUGGUGAACUAUCCUACAAUGUGCUUUACCCAAAGUUCAAGCUUGGAGAAGAAGUAGUGCGUGUGGUUGCCAUUCCUCCAACUUAUAGUUAUGUUAACGAUAUCAAAGACAUUAUGCUGUCAAAAUCAAUACAAGACCUGAAAGAAGCAUUUGAGAAUUUUACCAGAGAUAUCCCAGAGUCACUGACAAGUCAGUUCACAGAACGACGUACAAAAGCUGAUACAAUCAGGUACCAAAAUGAAAGAAAGUCUAUACAGACUCCAUAUUAUCCAACAAUUGAACAGCAAGAAGAGCUGCAGUCACCAGCUUCUCCUGCCAUCAUUCCAAAGAAGACAAGAGCCCCACCCUCUUGUAAGAAAUGCAAGAAGCCAAAGUUGGGUCAUCCAAGAGACCACUGUCCAGAGGCCACAGUUGCCCCUCCAUCUGACUGAUCGGACUAAUAUUUUGCGUUUUUUUCAUUUAUAAUAUAUAUAUAUAUAUACUGUUUCCAGCAACUUUUUUCAUUAUAUAAAAAUAACAACAUGCAGUGACGUAUGGAAUGUACCUACCUUUUGCAGGUCACUGCUUUUCUUGAGCAGAGGCAUACCCUAUAGCUUCGGCUACUUGAUAUUUUUCCCUUUUAUGGUUGUAGAUGCAUGCUGGAAGGGGUCUUGUGUUGUCCCAGCCCAGAUAACCAAAAAUCCACCUUACUACCCAACGUUAUGCAUCUGCCCUCAAAUAUCUAAUGAUAAAUAAUAAAAAUGUCUUUAAUUUGAAUUUUGUUUCAUAACUUAAAUUGCGGAACUUUUUGCUGAUUCCAUAUUCUGAAGUUAUUUUAGAGAGUGUUCCAAAAACAUACCCCAUACUUGGUAAAUUUUUGGGACUGGUGUAGAAUCAUAAACCUCAAUAAGGCUUUGGUAGGAUUUUCGUGAAACAUUUCUUCUAAAACACAAUUUCUGACUGCUGAAUCCUAUUAGUACUAAGACUUCAUCGCCUUUGCUUUUUUGGGUUGUGCUUUAAUUGCAGGACUAAACAAAGUAUGCUUCGUUUGUAAUGGAAUAUCCAUCUUGUUGGUAACAGUGCAUUGGAAAAAAAGAUACAAGAGCACACAUACUGGUUUUUGCUUUGUCCUGCUUUUCUUUUGUAUAGUCGAUCAUUCUUGUCUUUCAAUAAGGGGCCAGUCAUCGUCAGUACGGCUUCAUUUGUCACUGCAGUGUAAUCUUCGUGUUGGAUUAUGCAUGAAAUGUCCUCUCUACCUUCAAAAGUCAAUUUGCCAUUAGCUUCAGCAACUUCUGUGCAGCAACGAAAUUCUAGGGCACCAACCAAACGAUCCGCUUUACACUUUCCACAGGAACACCUGCGUUAAAUACAACGAUAAAAUAUUUGAUGUGUCUGAGUAACACAGUAAUUUCAGUUUCCACCUCAUGACACACCUUCCCGACUGAUCCAGUCCGGAAAGGGCAGGGGCGGCUGGGAGUAAAUUUUUUUUGGUAUUACUUUUUCAAACGUAUGGAAGAGGCACGAAAAAGGAAAAUUAACAAUUUCUUUAUGAAGGAAUUUUGAACCUCCUCAGCUGGAGGGGUAU